AUGGAGUUCCUCCCAGCACUCCAGCAUGGCAUAGACGACCUCAAGCCCUCGCUCUUCGAACUCCUUUCCGAGCAGCAACUCGCAUCGCUCCUGCCCCCAUCGCUGCGCUACCUCCUCGCCAUCACAACACCCCGAUAUCCGCGAUACCUACUUCCCAUACUCAAUUCCUUCGAUGAGGUCUACGCGCUGCUUAUGCUGCUCGUCGAACGCCACUUCCUGCGCACAUACGGCGGAUCCUUUACCGAGAACUUCUACGGUCUCAAGCGCGCUCGGGUGCUGAGAGUGCGAGGAGGCGAGAUACCGCGAGCACAACUAGGUGCAUCUGACAGCGUGCGCGAGGCUGUCAAGCUGGGCAAUGGCGAUAUCUGGAAGAAUCUUGCCGUGCUCGUUGGCCUGCCGUGGCUGAAGAGGAAGUUCGACGAGGGCUACGACGUUCACGCUGCGCAUGCGAACCUCCUGGGCCCUGGCUACAACCGGGAUAGAGAAGGAUUACAGGUCGGAGCGACUGUCAAGGAGCGACUGAUGCACUACUACAAGUGGUUUCUACGGAACAUAUACCCCAGUGUGAAUGCCGCCUACUACUUCUCCUUGCUGGCAUUCAACAUGGCAUACCUCUUUGAUGGCACAAAGUAUCACUCGCCCUUCAUGUGGUUGAUCGGUUCACGGAUACGGAGAUUGGGCGAGGCAGACCACAGGGCGAUUGAGAUUGCAACCGCACCAAGAAAGGUUGGGCCUGCGCGGCCUGGAGAGGGCGGAUCCAUCUUCUCACCAAGAAACAUUGCGAGGAGCAUCGAGCCGCGGUUGUUGAGCUCGCUAAAGAUACUUCUCCCGACCAGUAUCUUUGCGCUCAAGUUUCUAGAGUGGUGGCAUGCUUCAGACUUUGCCCGACAGCUAUCGAGGAAAGCCGCUGAGAACAUCGAUCUCCCACCACCGAUACUACCAUCCCUUCCACCUUCUGCAAAGCAGCAAUCGUCGAAGCAGGCAGAAUCCUCCGAGAAGGCGCGUCCAGCAUCGUCUUUGUCAGACAAACCCCAACGAAUCGACCCUCCGAUAUCCUCAACCACCCUCCUCCCCAUCCUCACCGUACCUACACCACCCUCAUCAGCCUUGUGUCCGAUCUGUGUUACACCCAUCAUAACUCCAACAGCCUCACCCACAGGAUUCGUCUACUGCUACACUUGCAUACACCGAUGGGUUGGAGGUGAGCAUGACCGCCAGCUCGCCUUCAUGGAGGGUGCCGCAGGAUUCCGAACGGGAGACGACGGGGAAGCAGAAGACGAGGGCUGGGGCAGGGAAGAAGGAAGCCGUGAAGGAAGAUGGGAGAGCGGUAGAGGACGGGAUGCUGUGACUGGAAGGAGAAUCCUGGGAGGUACUGAGGGUUUGAGGAGAGUGCUUUGGUCGGAUUUGAAAGCCAUGGCCCCACCAAUGAUACCACCGGAACAGCCGGUCAAUGACUUUGCAAACGAUGUCGCAUCACAGAUGGAGGGCUUUACCCAGUCGCAAGAUAUAGCAGAAGAAGCCAUUGCACGGGAUCGUGAAGAAGACAACUCGGCGUCCGAAGAUGAUAACGAUUCUUCCUCGGGUUCGGAUACAGUCAGGCAAUAUUCCAUGAUAAACUCUUAUCGCCGGCCUUCCUACGUUAACCCAGGAUCACGCGGUACAGCUAUAAUGUCUACCAGCGUACCUGAAAGGAGUCACCUACCAACGUCAUGGAAGAAACACAGUCAUUUGUCGAAGAAAGAGAGGGAGACCGUGCGAGACGAGGAGCGGAGCCUGCUCCGCGAUAAUCAUUUGAUUCCACCCAAGCAUCCAAGAGCUGGAAGCGAAGGACCCUUUGACCGAGUACGAUCUAGGAUGUCUAUUUCGGGGCUACGAAAGGUCAAGAGCACUCCGGACGAGGAGAGCGCAGUGGAGUCACCUUCUGAGCGCACGACGCUACUCGGAGUGUCAGAAGGCGAUCCAAGCCAACCAUAUGGGGGCCUAGACUCACCAAAAACGAUCAACAAGAAAUGGAACGAGGCGGUUGCAGCGGGAAAGAUCAACACAAGUUGGCAGCGGGAAGCAAAAGUUUUGACGAAGAGCUCCGCACCGCUCAUCCUGACCUUCUUGCUACAAUACAGCUUGCCAGUGGCGAGUAUCUUCACAGUCGGGCAUAUCGGCAAAACUGAACUAGGAGCCGUGAGUCUGGCCAGUAUGACUGCGUCCAUAACGGGCUAUGCAGUGUAUCAGGGCCUGGCUACUUCACUCGACACGUUGUGUGCGCAAGCAUACGGCUCUGGGCGUCCUCACCUUGUCGGUCUGCAACUGCAACGCAUGUUGUACUUUCUGCUUUUGAUUACCAUCCCGAUAUCACUCAUAUGGGCUUUCGGCACACAGAUUCUCUCGCUUAUCGUUCCAGAGAAAGAGACCGCACGCUUAGCCGGACUGUACCUGAAGGUUCUUAUUGCUGGAGCACCUGGGUAUGCAGCUUUUGAAUCUGGGAAACGCUACGUACAGGCGCAAGGUAUCUUCAGCGCGACCAUGUACAUUCUACUUAUCUGCGCUCCACUCAACGCUUUCUUGAAUUGGUUCAUGGUCUGGCAUCUCGGCUGGGGGUUCAUCGGAGCACCCAUUGCUGUCUCGAUCACGGAGAACGUCCUUCCUCUGCUGCUCUUUCUCUACGUCAGAUUCAUUGACGGAUACCAAUGCUGGGGCGGUUUCGACAGAAGAGCGCUAAGAAAUUGGAUGCCCAUGGUGAAGCUUGCGCUUCCUGGUCUGGUCAUGGUGCUUGCAGAAUUUCUAGCUUUUGAAAUCCUGACACUAAGCUCGUCAUGGCUUGGUCCAACUGAACUUGCAGCGCAGUCUGUACUCGGAUCCAUUACCGGUAUUACUUUCCAGAUACCCUUCCCAAUGAGCGUAGCAGCCUCCACACGCAUCGCCAACCUCAUUGGAGCUACACUAGCAGUUCCAGCGAAAACAGCAGCUAAAGUCGCUGUCUGUGCCUCAAUCGUCGUCGGCAUCUUCAACCUCCUACUCCUUUCACUUCUUCGUGAGGCUAUACCUCGCCUCUUCACACCCGACGAAGAAGUCAUUGACAUGGUGGCAAAGCUUCUCCCAUUGUGCGCCACCUUCCAGGUCUUUGAUGCUCUAGCGGCCAACUGUAACGGCAUCUUGCGUGGCUUGGGUAGGCAGGAAAUUGGCGGCUAUGUUGGACUUUUUGCCUACUAUGUCGUUGGUAUUCCAAUCAGCUUCGGUACUGGAUUCGGGUCGCCGCAUUGGGGUCUGUAUGGACUUUGGAGUGGACCAGCGAUUGCACUUGGUAUCGUGGCUGCCAUCGAAGGCGUUUUCAUAUGGCGGACCAGUUGGGACAAAGCAGUAGAGGAUGCCAAGGUGCGAAAUGCCGCAAACUAA